AUGCAAGAAUGGAGUCCACGACCAUUCUUCUCAGCAAAGUUAGAAGACUUAAAUAAAAUAGGGUUUGCCAAAAGAAUAAAGAAAACGGACCUGGGCCAAAAGUUAAUUAGGUUUGACCCAAAAAAUCAGAAUUGGGCCGAAGUAGAUAUCUUAUUGGGCCAUGAAAAGAGAGGCCCAUCUUCAAAGAGGAGCCCACAUUUGCAAUUAGGGUUUUGGCUUUUGUUGUCUCCCUCGUCGGUGAAGCGUGCAGCUGCUUUGGAAGCUUGUCGGAGAGCCAUGGAACCAUCACCCAUAAGAAGAAAACGUCGUGCGCCGACGACGACUCCACCGGAGAUGGCGCAUCUGACGGUCCAAGAGACAUCUCUUGCCAUCAACGAAUUCCGGUGUGAGUAUUCUCUUGGGGUGGUUGAAACAGAUCUAGAUCUGUAA